GUUUCUAUAAAUCGGUUUUACCGCUCGUUUCCCUGUGUACGGACGCGUAUUCCAGGACACCGCUGAAUGUAAUCGCACGACAUCCCGCUCUUCCCGUAUUCCGCGCUCAGGCAGUAUUUGGGACACCUCACGUAGAGGACGCUUUUAAUUUCCCAGCUUGCAUCGCGCCUUCCCUUCCUUUUCCUCCAUCUUGGAUUCCGGUGCGGUCCUGCCGGUAUCUGGAUAGCAGCAACUCAAAAUGUCUGGCAGAUUGUGGUGCAAAGCAACCUUUGCUGGCUACAAGAGAGGCCUCCGAAACCAGAGGGAACACACGGCCCUUCUGAAGAUUGAAGGGGUCUACGCUAGAGAUGAGACGGAGUACUACUUGGGCAAGCGAUGUGCCUAUGUGUACAAAGCAAAAAACAACACAGUGACUCCUGCAGGCAAACCAAAUAAAACUCGUGUCAUCUGGGGGAAGGUGACCAGAGCUCAUGGCAACAGUGGCAUGGUGCGGGCAAAGUUCCGCUCUAACCUGCCUGCCAAGGCCAUUGGACACAGAAUCCGCGUGAUGAUGUACCCCUCAAGGAUCUAAACAUUCUAUAUAAAUAAAAGAGAGUUCUGGA